CAAGGGCUAAAGUUGGGAGACUGAAAAAAUGCAGACCACCGGGGCAUUACUUAUUUCUCCAGCUCUGAUCUGCUGUUGUACUAGGGGUCUAAUCAGGCCUGUGUCUGCCUCCUUCUUGAAUAGCCCAGAGAAUUCAUCUAAACAGCCUCCCUACAGCAGCUCCCCACUUUAGGUGGCCAGAUGGGAGUUCUAGACCAGGGUUGUCUCUUGGGACAUUGACACAGCAGCCAAGUUUAUUGUUGCUGGGGCAGACACAGUUGGUGUGGCUGGUUCAGGGGCUAGCGUUGGAACAGUGUUUGGCAGCUUGAUCAUUGGCUAUGCCAGGAACCCAUCUCUCAAGCAGCAGCUCUUCUUCUAUGCCAUUCUGGGCUUUGCCCUAUCUGAGGCGAUGGGGCUUUUCUGUUUGAUGGUCGCCUUCCUUAUCCUCUUCGCCAUGUGAAGCUCUG